GGAGAGAGAGACCUCUGAAAGUCACACUCUCCUCUCCGAUCAAAUCCCCAUUCAAGGAAGGGGGACCGUAAAAAUCCAUUUUCAAUACACCUUUUCGUUUUAUUCAGUUUCGAUUAUAAUUUAAUUUCUUUUCCUUUAGUGUUCUUAACAAUUCACAUGCUUCCUCCCCAACUGUUGAUAUCUUAAUGCGACGAUCGGUUGCUCGAAAUCGGGUCGAUUCCAAACCCAAACCCACCGCCACCGCACCCGAAAUGGAUCCGAUUAAGUUCCAAAUCCGACCCAAUUCCCGAUCCACCGCUCUUUUUUCCCGAAACCCUAGUAAAACCAGGCCGACCCUUUCCAUCUUUGCAGUUUCAAUCGUCGUAUCCCUCGCUUUAUUGGUUUUCAGUUACAUUUUCCUCUUCUCAUCAGCGGAGUCCACAAAAUUCGGAAUCAUAAUCGAUGGCGGAAGCACAGGAACGAGGAUCCACGUGUUUCGAUACAGAGUUGAUCGAAGCAAAAACCUGGUUUUCGAUUUCAAAGAAGGGUCAGAUAGCUUGAAAGUUAAUCCGGGCUUGUCAGCUUACGUGGAGCAGCCGGAAGCAGUAUGGGAUUCUUUGGAAGAACUUCUGGAGUUUGGGAGGAAGAAAGUUCCAAAAGAACUGUGGGGAGAGACGGAAAUUAGGCUAAUGGCGACGGCGGGGCUGAGAUUGUUGGAUGUUGAAUUGCAGGACCAGAUUUUAGAGGAGUGCAGGAAGGUGCUUAGGGUGUCUGGGUUUAAAUUUCACGAUGAAUGGGCUUCGGUUAUUACAGGCUCUGAUGAGGGAGUCUAUGCUUGGGUUGUUGCAAACUAUGCACUUGGUACUCUUGGAGGUAAUCCUCUGGAUACGACUGGAAUUAUUGAACUUGGCGGGGCAUCUGCUCAGGUAACAUUUGUCUCAAAUGAGUUUAUGCCUUCUAAGUUCUCACGCUCCAUCAAGUUUGGGAAUUUCACUUACAAUCUCUAUAGUCACAGCUUUCUUCAUUUGGGCCAGAAUGUUGCUCAUGAGUCAUUGAGGGAAUCACUUUUUAAAGGAGAUUUCAGUCCUGCUGCUGACUCUCUUCACAAUGAAAUGUAUAUAGAUCCUUGUACACCCAAAGGUUACUUGCCUCAGUCAUCGAAUCUUUCACUAGGUUUUAUGGCUGAAAAAAGUAAAUAUACUUCUGAACUUCAAGCUACUGGUAACUUCUCAGAUUGCAGAUCUGCUGCGCUAAGGCUAUUACAAAAAGGAAAAGAGAAAUGUUCCAAUUAUCACUGUUAUCUGGGGUCAGUUUUCAUGCCCAAGCUUCAAGGAAAAUUUUUGGCUACAGAGAAUUUCUUCUAUACCUCAAAGUUCUUUAGGUUGCGCCAGAGGGCCUUUCUUUCGGAUCUAAUGAUGGCGGGGCAACAUUUCUGUGGAGAGGAUUGGUCUAAAUUGAAGAAGAAACACCAGUCACUUGAUGAGGAAGAACUGUUGCGCUAUUGUUUUUCUUCAGCGUAUAUUGUGGCCUUACUUCAUGAUAGCCUUGGAAUUGCUUUGGAUGAUGAAAGGAUCAGCUUUGCUAAUCAGGUAGAAAAUAUACCACUCGAUUGGGCCUUGGGAGCUUUCAUAUUGCAAAGCAUGGCCAAGUUCGAAGUAGAGGAAACUGAUUGGAUAACUACCAUUAUCAGCAAUGAUUCACCCAAACUAAUCUCCAUCAUUGCCAUUUCUGCAAUAUUGAUGUUCGUAGCUUGGUCUCUAUCGAAAUGGAGGAAACCCCAGUUGAAGACAGUUUAUGAUCUAGAGAAAGGACGAUAUAUAGUGACUCGUAUAGGCAGAAGUUGAUAUAAUUGUCCGGAGGAGAUCGAAAACAUGCUAACAAGUUUGCAACCGAGGACGAUCCAAUAUUACGAUGGUAUACUAUCAUUGUGCUUCCCUGGUUUACUAUGCCCUCCACUUAAGGUCACAAUAUGAGCGGAAAAUGUAAGAUUGUAUAUCAUCAAACUCUUAACAUAGGAUCGAAAGUAAUCAUGGGGAUACCGAAUAGAAGACUAGAUUCCGAUACCGGGAAGUCGUGAACCAAAAACCCUACUAUUAUACCACUUGCUUGUUCAUUUGUACCUAGACUACAGAAUCAGAUAAAAGGAGUGAUGCAUUAGUUGUGGGGAGGAGAGGAAGGGGUUUAUUUUCAGAGCUUUAUCACUGCUUCUUCCUCAAAUGCUGUGUUCUUAAAGUGCCUUGUAAUUGCUUGUUUGAAUUA